AUGAGCAAACGAGGGCCGCGAGGGCUAACACAGUCAGCGCGGGAGCCGGGGUUCCAGCCCCGCUGGCCGGGCCUCUGGGCCUGCGCGCCCGCAGCACCCCAUCUCGAUGUCCAGGUGUUUAAAAUGGGGGGCUGCGGGAUUCUCUUCUCCCCAGGAGGCUGCCCCCUCGUCUUCCUUCCUUCUCGCCGUGCAGCGUCUGCGGACCCGAGCGGGAGGGCGCGUCGCGGCUCUGCGGGCCCCGGGGAGCCCCGCGGACCCCGGGACUCGGAAACAGCCGCCCACGCCCCGCUGCGGCCGGCACUCCACGUGCGCGCCCUCCCCGCCCUUGCCUCGGACGCCCCAGCCGCCUCCGUAAAGGGAGAGCGGCGGCCCCUCACGCGACGCCAAAGGACCCCGCGGCUGCACCGACUUACUCAGACAGCGUCCUGUCGGGUCCUCCUCCGGGCCAGCUCUGCAGAAGUAUGCGUGAACUCUCACGAAUGGGCGGGGCUUGAGGCUCCGGCUCCGCCCGCGCCUGGGGCUGGGGGGCGGGGCCGGAGGCGGAGAGGCGCCGUGGGCUCCUCCGCUUUGCGGCUGCUCCCCCAGGCCGAACUAGCGCCGAGAUUUGGGGGCGAAGAAAGAGUUGUGCAGAAGAAAGAGUUGUGUUGUAGGAAGACGUCUGUGGACGUUGUGCGCGGGCCCUCGGAGCGGAGGACCGCCCUGACGGGGUCUCAGGUGGCCCCGGUGUUAGUCCGCUGUUCCCGCCCCGCCGUGCGGCCGGCCGAGUCCGCGAGGCUCGCCCUCCCGUGUGGCGGGCCGCUGGUCCGGUGCCCUGCGGUCUCCGCAGCCCGGGGUUCGUUCGCGCCGCCGGCGUUUCCAGAACGAUCUGUGUGCGUGCGCCAGGUGCCGGCCGGCGGCCAUGUUCUCAGGGAAGCGGGAGCCUGUGGCGGGCGCGGGUCAGAAGCGACGCUCGCGCGGAGCGGGCCUCGCGUUGUCUUGUGCUCCGCUAACCCAGCCCCCGGGGGUGGCCGGGCCCCUCAGAGACGAGGUCGUUGGGUUUAUCGAUCGUCCCUGUUGAAAGGCCUGGCAAUCAGUAGCCGUGGGCAUGCAGUCGGGCCGGCCGAGAGACGUGCGUGUGACCCGAGUAGGACAGCUCGAGUGGCCUUGAGGCGGCGGAGAGGGGGAGAGAGAGAUUGAUUCUAAUCUGGACGGACAUAGGAUCAGCCAGGCAUGGUGGUGCAUACUUGUAAUCCCAG